GGGAAAAGUGUGUGCAUGAAGCCGGAUCUUGGAGUGCGAGUUUGGCUGCAGAAAGAAGGUACUUCAACUACCGCACCACCCGUUUCUUGGCCGAGGAAGGUUUCUACAAGUUCCACAACUGGUUCGACGACCGGACAUGGUACCCACUGGGUAGGAUCAUUGGUGGCACGAUAUACCCAGGCCUGAUGAUCACCUCGGCGGCGCUCUACCAUGUGCUGCACUUCUUCCACAUCACCAUAGACAUUCGCAAUGUGUGUGUCUUCCUGGCACCCCUCUUCUCCUCCUUCACUGCCAUUGUCACCUACCACCUCACCAAGGAGCUCAAGGACGCUGGUGCAGGCCUUCUUGCUGCAGCUAUAAUCGCAGUGGUCCCCGGGUACAUAUCGCGCUCCGUUGCAGGUUCUUACGACAACGAAGGCAUUGCCAUCUUCUGCAUGCUGCUCACCUACUAUAUGUGGAUCAAGGCGGUGAUGACAGGCUCCAUCUACUGGUCGUCCAUGUGCGCCCUUGCGUACUUCUACAUGGUGUCAUCAUGGGGUGGCUACGUAUUCCUGAUCAACCUGAUCCCGUUACAUGUGCUGGUGCUCAUGCAUACUGGCCGCUUCUCGCACCGCAUUUACGUGGCCUACUGCACCGUCUACUGCCUAGGCACCAUCUUGUCCAUGCAGAUCUCCUUUGUGGGCUUCCAGCCCGUCCAGUCCUCCGAGCAUAUGGCAGCCUUCGGCGUGUUUGGCCUGUGCCAGAUCCACGCCUUUGUGGACUACCUGCGCAGCAAGCUCAAUGCCCAGCAGUUUGAGGUCCUCUUCAAGAGCGUCAUCUCCCUGGUGGGCUUCGCCCUGCUGUCCGUGGGCGCAGUGCUCAUGCUGACUGGAAAAAUCUCUCCCUGGACGGGUCGAUUCUACUCCCUGCUGGACCCCUCCUACGCCAAGAACAACAUCCCAAUCAUCGCCUCUGUGUCAGAGCACCAGCCCACCACCUGGUCCUCCUACUACUUCGACCUGCAGCUCCUGGUCUUCAUGUUCCCAGUGGGGCUGUACUACUGCUUCAACAACCUGUCUGAUGCUCGGAUAUUCAUUAUCAUGUAUGGUGUUACCAGCAUGUACUUCUCGGCUGUCAUGGUUCGUCUCAUGCUGGUCCUGGCCCCAGUUAUGUGCAUCCUGUCAGGAAUUGGGGUGUCCCAUGUGCUCACCACCUACAUGAAAAAUCUGGAUGUCAGCCAGACUGAUAAGAAAUCCAAGAAGCAGGAGGGCUCCACCUACCCCAUCAAGAACGAGGUGGUCAGUGGGAUGAUCCUGGUCAUGGCUUUCUUCCUCAUCACUUACACCUUCAACUCCACCUGGGUGACAAGUGAAGCCUACUCCUCCCCUUCCAUUGUGCUCUCUGCCCGGGGUGGUGAUGGCAGCCGCAUCAUCUUCGACGACUUCCGAGAGGCCUACUACUGGCUGCAGCACAACACCCCAGAGGAUGCCAAGGUGAUGUCGUGGUGGGAUUACGGGUACCAGAUAACAGCCAUGGCCAACCGAACCAUAUUGGUGGACAACAACACGUGGAACAACACGCACAUAUCCAGAGUGGACAUCAACAAGUUCCUGUGGAUGGUGCGUAUUGGGGGCAGCACGGACACCGGGAGGCACAUCAAGGAGCACGACUACUACACCCCCACCGGGGAGUUCCGCGUGGACCACGAGGGCUCACCAGUCCUGCUCAACUGCCUCAUGUACAAGAUGUGCUACUACCGCUUUGGCCAGGUCUACACUGAGGCCAAGCGCCCCCCUGGGUACGACAGGGUGAGGAACGCUGAAAUCGGGAACAAGGACUUUGAGCUGGAUGUCCUCAAGGAGGCCUACACCACGGAGCACUGGCUGGUCAGGAUAUAUAAGGUGAAAGACCUGGAUAACCGUGGCCUUUCCAGGACGUAGGCCUGCCUCCUCUGCCACCUCUACACACCUUUUCACAACACAGCACUGAAAGCCCUCCCCUGUGAUCCAGAGAU